CUGCCGCAAGUUGCACCGGCUGCAAAAUUAGUUGACCAUGCACUUCAGCAGCAAACAGUUGGACCUGAAUCCUUCCGUCCUCCUGCUCCUUCUCUUUGUCCUUGUAGGAAGUGUUGCAGGAGAUGGGAAUGCUACAGCUGGCCCGAUUCUUAGUCGCUCGAAACGCUUGGCCAUUUUCGAUGGACGGAACAGCAUAUUCAAGUUUAUCGCUGGCUUGGCGUUUCCCGUCAAACAGCAGGAUGUGGUGCAGUCGCUUUGGGGAUUCAUCAACUACCAAUCCCAAUACACGCCAUCGCCUGUCCCAAUUUACUGGUGGAGUUUUUGGAACACUACGGCAUUUGUGUCCACUGCCAGGGACUGGCGAAAAGAUGUCCAGAGUCGGUUUAUCCAGGACAAGACUCGAAUUUGGCUGUACGAUGUCGUGGAAAUGGGCUUGGAAAGUCUUGGAGAUCGGAAUGCAGUUGCCUGUCUGCUAAAGAGUAUCUGUGAGGUAUCUCAACGACCUUUUAUGCACAACCACAUUUUCGGUGAGAUACUCAAUGCAAUGUUGGUGCCAUCUCUGGAUAAUGUUCCUGAAAAGUAUCUGCAUGCCAGGAAUGCCGGAAAAGCUGGUGCCAAUUGCUCGAAAACUUACAGUGGCUGCAGCAAAAAGCUUUGGAAUAAACUCAUUCAAAUGGCAAAGAUAAUCAUCUAA